AUGCAGUAUCUCAGUGAAAUUUCUAAACUAUCGCGAGAUCAACUUUUCUCCACCAAACACAACACAAUGCGCAGGGUGUGUCUGGGUUUUCGGCGCAUGUCCACCAGCGCGGGUGAGGCGUGGCAAGCCGACAGGUUUGGGGUCUUGAGUCCGGCUAGCGAGAAAAUCUUGCCGAAACCGCUCAUCCCACAGAAGAACUACAAUAACAAAAACGGAAAGCCAGUCUACACACCGCCCGAGGAGAUUGGGGCGGCCGAGGUGCUGAAAUUCAAGAAGCAUAAGACGUUAUUUGCCAAGGAUAUCCACCAGAUUUUGAAAUUACUCGGAGAAAAGCUCUACAAAGACCCGGACUACAUCUUGGCAAGACACAUCCCCAACCAGUCUCUGAAACGACUAUCUUACGCUAUAGACCGAGAAGGAGACCCUCAGGACAAUUUGGUGGCGCUGGUGGUGGAUCUGGCAAUGCAUUAUCUCGAAGCCCGGGAUCUAGCGUCGGUGGAGGCUGCAUUACGACACAGUGAGGUGUUUGAGGACGCUGCGUUCGGCAACUAUGAGGAACACGGCUUCUCGUCGUAUCCUCAGUGGCUCGGGUACCAGAUUGUGUCGUUGGCGGUGUCUCAGAACCUGCUCACGGCGGCUAUAGCCAUGACCUCAAGGUUCAACAGCAUUUUUGGACCUCAUCCCGCUGUGGCAGAUUUGCUGUUCAAGGCCAUUGCAUACCAUCCGCUGCACAAGAAAGCACAGCUGCUGAAACAGUUUGCUGCGAUUCAAAACCUCACAAACGAGCUGGACCGUCAACCGUCUUACGUCAUAGAAGAACUCAUGGACUGGGCUCGGUUUCAACAACGUGUUCCUACUCCUGCAAAUGAGCUUGCCGAGUUCUUACUCAAGGGAUACAAGAGCAAGGUCUCACAGACGUCAUUUGUGUCCCUACUGUGCCAGAACCUCGACAAUGGGAACCCCUGGGGAGCUGCUUAUUUAUGGGAGCUGUACAAACCUCGUGAUCUGAUGACCUUGCCGCCAGCCAUGAUUUCUUCUAUGCUUUCCAAGCUCACAACUACCCCUGAACUGCAUUAUAUCUGCCGCGAUAUCAUUUCCAACCUGCAAUUUGACUACACGGCUUCUUUGGGAGCGUCCGUGAUCGAGUUUUGCGCACACACUAAACAACUGGAGCUCGGACAAUCAUUUGCGCUGCGAUGGCAGCAGAUUUCCAUCUCCCAACGACCCCGUCACGUGCUAACAGCUCUCUUGCAUUACGCUGUAGUGUCACGUGACUCGGAUAUCACCGAGGAGCUUUCCCAGGAGAUCAAGCGUCGAGACGGUCGGCUUUCUCUGUAUGAAACACAGCUUCUGGUGACCCAUAUGGUGCGGCAAUCGGUCGAACAGGGUCUGGAAUAUAUUUCCAAGAUGGACGAGCAUGUGGGUAUGCAUAUGUAUGCCGCUGUGGCUGUGAUUCUGCGUGACUCUGAGCCGGAACUGGCCCUACAGUGCGUACGGGAAUACCAGCAGUUUAUGGCUCGAGGAGGAGUUUCACCCGACCAGCAUGUUAUUGACUCAUUUGCAGAGACGCAGGUUCAUUUGGUACUCAACAGUAACCGUCCUAAUGCCACAAGAGAGGCGCUAGCUCUUAUUCAAGAGUGGGUAGCCUUUGAUGGCACAGAUCUACGCACUCUUAGUAUUUCUGUAGAGGAGAGACCCAGCAGAGAGAGCCGUAUGCGGAUGUUGUUCAAUGUGAUCGGCAACUGUGAGAGAACGAAGAAUCCCACUGCAAACACAAGGGGCAAAACCAGAGGUAAAGGUAGAGACAAACCCGUGUACGAGGCGGCUUGGGAGCAUUUGAAAAAGGACGGACUGGGCGAUUCCACCAUCGACUUUGUCCUCAAACAUUGA